AUGGUAGCAGAGGGAGCAGCAGGAGAGGCAGAAGUCCCAAAAGCGGUAAUAGCAAUAGUAGGAAAAGUUGGGCGAAAGGCGCCCAAGUUAAACAGUUCAGGAGUGUUCAAGCUGUGCAUACUUCAAACAUAA